UUGAGAUUAUUACCAGACAAAUUUGUAGUUUUCCACUCUUGAUAGAGCAAAUUAAAGUGAGGCAUUUUCGUGUUCUCGAAAUUUUCAAGAUUUUGGGCGCUAUUUUCAGAUUUAUGUGUUGGAGCUUCUUCAUGCUUUCAAUCUGCUUGAUUUAUGUGACACUGCGGUGACUGAAAAUGGGCUACUCUUCCGUCAUAACUUGCAGUACAAUUGAUUUAGAGAAGAAAAGUGUUUGCAGGAUUGAAGUCAGCCAUCAAUUUGCCCCACUGUGCUGGGCUAUAUCCGUCUGCGGCGAAUGCAAAUGCGUGUUUUUAAAUGCCAAGGCUGUCGCAACCAGUUCGCAGUUUAUUGCACCGAGAAGCGUCUAAGCAGCACCACCCACCAUCCUCCAGUCCACCUCCAUCCAAUGGACCCCUAUUCCACCCGCCGACCCAGACAUCGCCGCUGCCUGCCGGCUUGUCUUAUCAGCUAUCGGCAAUUGGUGCUACUGCCGGUUCCAUUUGGUCGGUAGAUUUACCUAGUCGCAUACCCGUCCACUCACCCAACUCGACCAUGCGACCAUACGAGCUGAAAGCUCCACUAUGUGCGGCUAUUUUCACUGCGCUGCCGCGCCUUCGAAUCGUUUGAUUUUCGACGUACAGAUACAUUUUGGCGCUCGUCGUGGUCGGUUGUGUUUUGUGUUUUGCUCGUCGCGCUCGGUCCUGCUCUUUCGAUCGAUUUCCCUCUCUUUCGCCGCAAAGUGUCGUCUCUUGGGAUUUGAAAAUAUUUAAACAAGUGUUAUCAGCAGCCAUAAACAACAAUCGAAUACAAAAAGCAGCAUGACCGAGGGCAAGAACUUACCCCACUCCAGUGCGGAUGUGCCGUUUCGCAGCAAGGAGCUGCGCAAGCAGUCGCUCAUCCAGCACACCGGCCUGGUGGGAGUCAUCGAUGAGGGCACCAAGACCAUCGGCUUCUCCAUCUACACCACGCCGGACUUCAAGGAGAUCGCCGCACACCGGGUGGAGCUGAGCGUGAUCACGCCCCAGGAUGGCUGGUACGAGCAGGACCCGCUGGAGAUGAUGGCCUCGAUCAACAAGUGCGCCGAGGAGGCCAUCAAGCAGUUGCCCGAAAACGGUUUCUCCGCCAGCGACAUCGUCACCGUGGGCAUUACCAACCAGCGCGAGACGACGAUCGUCUGGGAUGCGGUCACCGGCAAACCGCUGUACAAUGCGCUCCUGUGGAAGGAUAUCCGCACCAGCACUACAGUGGAGCAGAUAGUGGCCAAGGUGCAGGAUCCGAACCACUUCCGCAGCAGCACGGGACUGCCCAUCUCCACGUACUUCUCGGCCCUCAAGAUCCGCUGGCUGCGGGACAAUGUUCCCGAGGUGCGGCAGGCCAUCCGCGAAAGGCGUUGCAAGGCGGGCACAGUCGACAGCUGGAUCGUCUGGAACUUGACAAACGGAGCUCUCCACAUCACGGAUGUGACGAACGCCUCCCGCACUCUGCUCAUGAAUCUGGAGACGCAAGCCUGGGAUCCAGUUCUGCUCAAGACGUUCGGCAUCAGGGAGGAGAUGCUGCCCGCCAUCCACAGCUGUUCGGAGGUAUUUGGCAAGAUCACUUCGGAGCGGAGUCCGCUGCGUGGAAUGACCCUGAGUGGAAUAAUGGGCAACCAGCAGGCCUCGCUUCUGGGCCAGAUGUGCGUGAAGCCGGGCCAGACGAAGAACACCUACCGGUCCGGCUGCUUUCUGCUCUGCAAUACGGGAGACAAGCCCGUCUUCUCCAGGCACGGUCUGCUCACCACCGUGGCUUACAAGCUGGGUCCCCAGGCGCCGACGAUCUACGCCAUUGAGGGAGCUGUUUCGGUGGCCGGACAUGCGCUCUCCUGGCUGCAAAACAAGGUGCGUAUCCUGCCGGACUCCAGAGACGCCGAGAAAUAUGCGGAGAUGGUGCCCACAUCGGGAGAUGUGUACUUCGUGCCCGCCUUCACAGGACUAUAUGCACCCUACUGGCGGCAGAAUGCUCGUGGCAUCAUCAUCGGGCUCACGCAGUUCACCCGUAAGAAUCACAUAGUGAGAGCUGCACUGGAAAGUAUCUGCUUCCAGACGCGCGACAUCCUGGAGUGCAUGCACCAGGAGUGCGGCUACGAGAUCAACAAGCUCCAUGCCGAUGGCAAGCUCACCACGAACAACCUGCUUAUGCAACUCCAGGCGGACACCAUUGGCAUGCCCGUCUUCCGUUCCCAGCUAAUGGACUCUACGGCCUUCGGGGCUGCCAUGUGCGCCGCCCAAGCAGAUGGCAUCAAUCUCUGCCAGUUCGAGCCCGAGAAGCGAUACUACGAGAACGUGCACUACGACACGUUCCUGGCCACCACCACGGAUGUAGAGCGCAAGGAGCGUUACGGCAAGUGGAAGCGGGCGGUGGAGCGCAGUUUGGGAUGGGUGAUUAAGCAAAAAAAGACGCGGGAGUACACGGAGGAGAACUACCGCAUGAUGUCCUCGCUGCCAGCGAGCAUCUUCCUCAUCAGCAGCUUCGCCAUGCUGGUGCAUUCCCUCGCUGCGAGUGGCCAGUAAAUACGACUGCGGCAUGACACUUAGAUCGAUUCUCGGUUGUGAUAGUAACUAUAUGUCCGGAUUUCGUUUGGAUCUUACACACACUCUGUACAUAGUCCUCAAAGGACAAUGGGUGGUUGAACGUGCUUUAAACCCUGUAAAUAGAUGCUGGUCUCUGGACUGAGCUUCGUACUACUUUAAGUAUCCUGUAGCCUGACUAUCUUAACGUGUUUUCGUUGCAUAUUCUGUACGUCUUAGCCGUAGUUCCAUUGACGUUGGCUGGAUUUCCGCGCGCCACGCACGCCCAUAUCAGCGGAAUUGUAUAUAGCCAAAGUGCAAACGACAUUUCUAAUUUAAGUAGGUUCCGUACUCGUAUGUGUAUGUAUAUGUAGUGAUUACGCCCCUUAAACAAUAAACAGAAAAUAUACGAAUCGAAA